AUGGAGCAAUAUCUUAUGGCUAAUGUUCCACGUUACCAAACUUUGAUCGAAAGAUUCAAGAAACCGCCGUAUAAAGCGACCAAUGGCAAUGAUACUGAAUCAAGCUCAGAGAUGGUCAUGACUACGCGUAUUCGACCACUGUUGGAAGACGAAGUUUCUUCGGGGCAAGUGGUAGCCAUCUAUCCCCGCGAUGACAGGAGUGGGGUAGUGGAUCUCCAUGAAUUGAAGCGGGUCGUCAGGGGCCUCCCCACUUUGAACUCUUCCAAUUUUCGCGUUGGCAAGGUCUUUGGACCGGAUCAACCCACCGAGGCGAUUUAUGAAGACACGGUGCAACGACUCCUUCCUCAUGCCUGGGAUGGGAAUAUCGGAACACUCUUUGCCUACGGUCAGACGGGGUCUGGAAAGACAUUUACCGUGAGCGGACUUGAGCGAUUGAUUGCCAAGUCUCUAUUUGAUGGGAAACUCGCCGGGGAACGGAAAAUCCAUGUCUCUAUUUUCGAGAUAGCAGGCAACUCAGCCUUCGAUCUUCUCAGAUCUCACGCUCCCUUCAUGAUCCUUGAAGAUUCCUUCGGCGAUACCCAGCUCGUCGGUAUCCAAGAAAUACUCGUCCAAAACACAACUGAGCUCCUCGCCCUAAUUGACCAGGCAACAUCGUUCCGUCAAACAGCAUCUACAGAGAAGAAUGAUGGCUCGUCCCGAUCCCACGCUAUCUGUCGCAUGCGAAUCGAGAACCCUGCCCCCGAAGCUAUCGAAGAUGGAAUAUUGUAUCUGAUCGACCUUGCCGGCUCGGAAGCUGCUCGGGAUAUCGCCAACCAUACCGCCGACCGCAUGAAAGAGACGAAGGAGAUCAAUACCAGUCUUUCAAUUUUGAAAGAUUGUAUCAGGGGUAUGGGUGAUCUGGAACAGGCAGGUCCUACGGGAAAAUCUACCAAGAAAUCAUAUAUCCCUUUCAGACAGAGUAUGUUGACGAAGGUGCUAAAGCAUCUGUUUGACCCAGAAGGCAAUCGGAAGUGUCGAACUACCGUUCUUGCCUGCGUGAGUCCGAGUUUCUUGGAUACCGGCGCAACCAAAAAUGCACUUCGAUAUGCCGAGAUGUUGCGGGUUGCCCCGCCGACUCACAAGGCUUCGGCGUAUGAUCCUGCGAAUCCGAAUACUUGGAGUAAUAAAGAUUUGCGGACUUACAUUAGGAUCAAGUCUGGCAAUCCGUCAAUUACCCCCUCUGACCUCGCACCUCAUGAGUCUGGUGCUCAGUUGCUACGACUUUCGACAGAGGAAUUCGUUGAUCGCUGUCUGAAGACUCAUGGCGUUACUAAGGAGCAAGCGGACAUAUUCUAUGGAAAUUUGUGGAAACUGCAUAUUGACUCUCGACGAGCUGCAAUGAGAACAGUGAAAUAA